AUGGCUGAAGAUGGUUUUCAGAAAAUUUAUUCUCAACCUCCAACAGAAAGCACUAAGACAACAACUGAAACAACCAUUUUCUUUGGGGCUGACAACACUAUUCCUAAAUCAGAAUCAACUAUUACUUCAGAAGGAGACCACAUUACUUCGGUAAAUGACUAUAUGCUAGAAAGUGAUUUUUCAACAACUACAAGCAAUAAGCUUACAUCUCCAAAGGAAAGACUAACGUCAGAAGAUGAUGUUGAAUCCCAUCUGGAGAAAGAACUUGCCACUCUGAUGGACACUAAAAACCCAAUGGCUAAUGAGUCUAUUACUGAAAACUUCAUGCCAGUGAAAACUGGUAACAUCUCACCACCAGCUGAGGUUUCUUUAAUAGAUUUUUCCACUGAUGUGGCAAAAGAAGCUAUUCUCGUGGAUACCACUGAGCCAGGGGUUGAAGAUGUUUCACUGACUUUUGAAGUCUCUGGCACACUGAAGGAAAGCACGGCCAGCAUUGCCAACACCCCUGCCCUUCCAGCUAAAAUGGGUGAACCUGAUGGUAACAAUUACAGUUCCCUGGUUAAGUCCAAUGUCACUGCUGAUGACACUGUCCAGAUCACUGAAUCCUCUAUCCCUGAGGCUGAAAUCUCUCCAGCUACUGAAAAAAACUCCACUAUUCCAGAUAUAAUCGCCCUUCCAGAAGAGACAAUAACUGAAAUUGAUUUAAUUCUUCCAGAGGAUGGCCCCAAUGCCAGGGCUGAUUCUGAUGAAGAAAAGUUCAUCACUGUGUUUGAACUCACUACCACCAUUGAAAGAGACAAUGAUAACCCAGAAGAUAUUCUGCUAACUGAUGAAGAGUCUACAGAAGGAGUCAAUACUUGGAUGGGGAGAGAUAUGGCAAAGGAAGCAGAAAACCAUCCUGUUUUACUUACUGCUGUUGAAUCCAGAUAUGACUUCGUUGUCCCUGUAUCAGUAGCUAUGAAUCUCAUGGAGUCUCAUGAAUUCAUAGCAGAUUCACCUGCUAUGACAAAAGAUGAUUUGUCUGAAAAUAAUAGAAUGGAAUCUGUAAGUAAGGACACCGAAGCAUUGUCAGGAACUACCCCUGAUCCAGAUACCCUAAACCAUAAGGAAGAUGCCUUCACAACUGAAAUGGGUGUCUUUAAACUACUGAAAGAAGAACCAGAUGAGUUCCUGAUUUGA